UGGGUCUGAUUCAGAACAGUGACACUUCCUUCUCAGCCAGCAUAUUUUUAUCUCCAGCCGCUGCUGGUUCUUACUAUGCUCUGACCAGUGAGUGUCUGAGUUUCCCUGUAUUCCAGUGGAGACUGUGGACAUCCACGGUGUUCCGGCCAUAGUUUGCAGGUGCACCAGCUCUUUUCUGUUUUUGUUUGGGAGGAAGAGGGAGGGCCUGCAGCCUGUGAAACCCAGGCUUUGAGGGCUUACAAGUGUACACUUAGAAAAUACUGUACUUAGAGUGGUUCUAACGCUUUAUAAAAGGAGAAAGCAUCACAGACUCGACCAUGAAGGAAACCAGUCGCCUGGGGCAUGGAGCUGGAGAACGCUGAGCCGCCUGUGAUCCUGCGGGAGGACAACCUUCGCCGGCGCCGCAGGAUGAAGCCGCGCAGCGCGGCCGCCAGCCUGUCCGCCACGGAGCUCGUGCCCAUCGAGUUCGUGCUGCCCACCAGCCAGCGCCACUGCAAGACCCCCGAAACCGUGCUGCUGCACGUGGCGGGCCACGGCAACGUGGAGCAGAUGAAAGCCCAGGUGUGGCUGCGCGCCCUGGAGACCAGCACGGCCGCUGACUUCUACCACCGCCUGGGCCCGGACCACUUCCUCCUGCUGUACCAGAAGAAGGGGCAGUGGUACGAGAUCUACGACAAGUACCAGGUGGUGCAGACCCUGGACUGCCUGCACUACUGGAAGGUGCUGCACCGGAGCCCGGGGCAGAUCCACCUGGUGCAGCGGCACGCGCCCUCGGAGGAGACCCUGGCCUUCCAGAGGCAGCUCACCGCGCUCAUGGGCUAUGAUGUCACGGACGUGAGCAACGUGCACGACGACGAGCUGGAGUUCACGCGCCGCCGCCUGGUCACGCCGCGCAUGGCCGAGGUGGCCAGCCGCGACGCCAAGCUCUACGCCAUGCACCCCUGGGUGACAUCCAAGCCCCUCCCGGAGUACCUGUCCAAAAAAAUCACCAACAACUGCAUCUUUAUCAUCAUCCACCGCAGUACGACCAGCCAGACCAUCAAGGUCUCUGCCGACGACACGCCCGCUGCCAUCCUGCAGAGCUUCUUCACCAAGAUGGCCAAGAAGAAGUCGCUGAUGGACAUUCCCGAGAGCCAGAGCGAGCGCGACUUUGUGCUGCGCGUCUGCGGCAGGGACGAGUACCUGGUGGGGGACACGCCCAUCAAAAACUUCCAGUGGGUGAGGCACUGCCUCAAGAACGGAGAAGAGAUCCACCUGGUGCUGGACACGCCUCCGGACCCCGCUUUGGAUGAGGUGAGGAAAGAGGAGUGGCCCCUGGUGGACGACUGCACGGGGGUGACCGGCUACCACGAGCAGCUGACCAUCCACGGCAAGGACCAUGAGAGCGUGUUCACCGUGUCCCUGUGGGACUGUGACCGGAAGUUCAGGGUCAAGAUCAGAGGCAUUGACAUCCCCAUUCUGCCCCGCAACACGGACCUCACAGUUUUUGUGGAAGCCAACAUCCAGCAUGGGCAGCAGGUCCUUUGCCAACGGCGAACCAGCGCCAAACCCUUCACGGAGGAGGUGCUCUGGAACGUGUGGCUGGAGUUCAGCAUCAAAAUCAAAGACUUACCCAAGGGGGCUCUGCUGAACCUCCAGAUCUACUGCGGCAAAGCUCCGGGGCUGUCCGAGUCCAGGGGCAAAGCUCAGCUACUCUACUAUGUGAACCUGCUGCUCAUAGACCACCGCUUCCUGCUGCGCCACGGAGAGUAUGUCCUGCACAUGUGGCAGAUAUCCGGGAAGGGCGCAGACCAAGGCAGCGUCAACGCAGACAAGCUCACCUCUGCCACCAACCCAGACAAGGAGAACUCGAUGUCCAUCUCCAUCCUCCUGGACAAUUACUGUCACCCAAUAGCGCUGCCUAAGCAUCGGCCCACCGCUGACCCUGAAGGGGACCGAGUUCGAGCUGAAAUGCCCAACCAGCUUCGCAAGCAACUGGAAGCGAUCAUUGCUACGGAUCCACUCAACCCUCUCACAGCAGAGGACAAAGAACUGCUCUGGCACUUCAGAUAUGAAAGCCUGAAGCACCCAAAAGCAUAUCCUAAGCUGUUCAGCUCAGUGAAAUGGGGAGAGCAAGAAACAGUGGCCAAAACAUACCAGCUCUUAGCCAGAAGGGAGAUCUGGGACCAGAGUGCUUUGGACGUUGGGUUAACCAUGCAGCUUCUGGAUUGCAACUUUUCAGACGAAAACGUCAGAGCCAUUGCAGUUCAGAAGCUAGAAAGCUUGGAGGACGAUGAUGUUCUGCACUACCUCCUACAGCUGGUGCAGGCUGUGAAAUUUGAACCAUACCACGACAGCGCCCUGGCCAGGUUUCUACUGAAGCGUGGCUUAAGAAACAAAAGAAUUGGUCACUUCUUGUUUUGGUUCUUGAGAAGUGAAAUCGCCCAGUCAAGACACUAUCAACAGAGGUUCGCUGUCAUCCUGGAAGCCUAUCUGAGGGGCUGUGGUGCCGCCAUGCUCCAGGACUUGUCCCAGCAGGUCCACGUCAUUGAGAUGCUGCAGAGGGUCACCAUUGAGAUCAAGUCCCUCUCCGCUGAGAAGUAUGACGUCAGUGCCCAGGUUAUUUCACAACUUAAGCAAAAGCUUGAAAACCUGCAGAAUUCUAAUCUCCCAAAGAGCUUUAGAGUUCCAUAUGAUCCUGGACUGAAGGCUGGACCCUUGGUGAUUGAAAAAUGUAAAGUGAUGGCCUCCAAGAAAAAGCCCCUGUGGCUGGAGUUUAAAUGUGCUGACCCCACAGCUCUGUCCAACGAAACAAUUGGAAUUAUCUUCAAACACGGUGAUGACCUGCGCCAAGACAUGCUUAUUUUACAGAUUCUACGCAUCAUGGAGUCCAUUUGGGAGACUGAAUCUUUGGAUUUGUGCCUCCUGCCAUAUGGCUGCAUUUCAACGGGGGACAAAAUAGGAAUGAUAGAGAUUGUGAAAGACGCUACCACCAUUGCCAAAAUCCAGCAAAGUACGGUGGGCAACACUGGCGCAUUCAAAGAUGAAGUCCUGAAUCACUGGCUCAAAGAAAAAUGCCCUAUUGAAGAAAAGUUUCAGACAGCAGUGGAGAGAUUCGUUUAUUCCUGUGCAGGAUACUGUGUGGCAACCUUUGUUCUUGGAAUAGGCGACAGGCACAAUGACAAUAUUAUGAUCUCAGAGACAGGAAACCUAUUCCAUAUUGACUUCGGGCACAUUCUGGGGAAUUACAAAAGCUUCCUGGGCAUUAAUAAAGAGAGAGUACCGUUUGUGCUGACCCCAGACUUCUUGUUUGUGAUGGGAACUUCUGGGAAGAAGACGAGUCCACACUUCCAGAAAUUCCAGGAUGUCUGUGUGAAAGCUUAUCUAGCCCUGCGCCAUCACACAAACCUCCUGAUCAUCCUGUUCUCCAUGAUGCUGAUGACCGGAAUGCCCCAGUUGACAAGUAAAGAAGAUAUUGAGUAUAUCCGGGAUGCCCUGACAGUCGGGAAAAGUGAGGAGGAUGCUAAAAAGUAUUUUCUGGAUCAGAUUGAAGUUUGUAGAGACAAAGGAUGGACUGUGCAAUUCAACUGGUUCCUACAUCUUGUUCUUGGCAUCAAACAAGGAGAAAAACACUCCGCCUAGUGCUUUGGACUAGAAUGAAAUAGUGUUCUACAGCUUCCAUCAGCAUGCCAGGCACCAAAGUUGGAAUUAAAAUGCAACCAAGCAAAGUGGAAUCUGGCACUUAAGAAAUACAGCUCUUUCCCUAGAUGAACUCCUCAGUGGAAAAAAAAAAGUUGGUACUGCUGGUUGUUUGGUGAAUAUCGAGGCUGGGUCUACUUGCAGGUCUGUUUCUUCUCAUUUACUGCAGCAGGGUUGGAGAAUAUGCUAAGUUUAAACAGACUGAGAAGUUCCUUUUUGUGCAUGACCCUCUGACCAUCUUACUACUGAGUCCUCUGUAAGUUCUUUAGAGUAUUUGAUGACACUUGUUUUCUGUCAAUUGUGGUUAUCUUGUAUUCUUCAAGUUUGCCUUAAUCACUUUUUUCUCAUUGCUGAGACAAAAUACCUGACACCCAAAGUGAAGAGAGAAAAGGUUUUGUUAGCUCACAGUUUGCAGAGGUUUCAGUCAGUCAUCAACUGGCUCCAAAACAGGGUGGCAUGGCAGAGGGGCACCACAGAGGAGAAACAGUUCAGGUGGGCAGGAGGUAGCCAAGUAAGCGAGACAUGACCAUAGCUCCGUCUGUCCCCUACAUCUCAUCCAGGCGGACAGCACUAACACCACGGGUAGGCCCCAGCGUCACACACGCUAGAUCCAGCCACUUCCCAAAACAACCCCCGUGACCAAAAGAGGCUCUGGAGAGACAGCUAAACACAAGCCAUAACAAAGCUCUUUAGAGAGACAAGAUGUAAUCUUUGUAACUUUUGUCUCAUUCCUUAAAGGAUGCUUCCAAACACUCCCAUCCUGUGUCUGCAGGUAUACUAAAGCCCAAUAAGUCUUUUCGGUGUGUUCUGCAGUUAGCCUUUUACAGUACCCUGGGUUCAAAUAUGCAACAGAGAAGAGGCUUUUUAUCUCAGCUCUACCAGAGUGAAUUACCAAAUGUAAUUCCUGUAGCCUUCUCCUCCGUCCCCACCCCCGCAGGAUCAGGAAGUAACUAAAGGGGCUUUACCUGCAUAUUUUCUCUCUCCCCCUUUUCCUGCCUGUCUUCUCCCCCAGUGGCCACUGUCCCACAUCCCUGUAUGGACUUGGGAUAUCUGCGAGGAUGUCUUUCCGUAGAACUCAAAAAGUUAGUUGAAAAGAAUCUCUACCCCAGGAUUAAAAGUGUUGUAGGUUCAUAGUUAUGAAGACAUUUUAUGGAUUUUUUAUAAGAAGGAUAUUAUUAAAAGAGCUAGUCUGGAAAAUACGAAUUCAUUUCCAAAUACCUUAAUUUGAAAUUUUUGGCAUGAACAUUUUUUUCUGUCUUUUUUAAUGCAAAACGCUGUUUGGUAUCUAAAAGGUAUCCCCCGUUCAGAAGAACACUACUUGCUUUCAGUUUAAAGGACUUUUAAACUUUGAUACAUUCCUAAAAACAGUUAUGAAAUCUUUCUCUCAAAAAUAUCUUCAUCUCUUAAACAUCUUAUCACUUAUUGGAAAUGUCUAGCAACCUUAGAGAGAUCCUUAAAUUAUUUAUCUGAUAUCAUUACCUACUGUUAAGAAAUUACAUAGAAGUGACUAUGUUACUUGAGUCUGUAUUUAAGUAUAAUCAGUUGUAAAUCUUUCACACAGAUGACACUUGGCCCAGUGAUAUAGCCCAAGCCUAUGUGUCUGUGUGUGGGUGUGGGGGUGGGGUGGGGGUGGGUGUGGAGGUGGGGGUGCAAAAGCCAAGUGCAGUUUAACGCUGGCUAUAAACAAUAAGAAGUUUGAGGGACACCUUUUAAAAAUACGCUUGCCAGAGCUCCACUCUGAGAUUAUGACUUAAUUCAUGGGAGAUGCAGCUAGACACAAUACUCCGAGCAACUCCAACAGCCAGGGGACCAAGCCCGCGUGGUCCUUGAAGGUGCAGGCAGCUCAGCCUCCCGGAGCCUCCCCCAGCUCAUAGGUGUCUACAGAGAUUUACUCUUCCAGGCAAAUCCUUCUUUCACAGUCUUACUUUACCCUUUGUACAGAGGACUAUCCAUGUAGUGAAAUUUUAUGGUAUUUCUAGGCCAUAAUUCCCUACCAUUCUUUUGAAGAAAGCCAGAAGGAUUAUGCUAAUUUAAAAGAGCAUGCUUUAUUUUUGUUUAACUGUGUGACUUGACUUUUAGUACAUUCUGCUUGGUGGUUGGUACUCGCCACAUUUUGAUCAUAUUUUCACCCCUGUCUUCCUCUCUAUCCUCCCCAAAGCCCUCUUCCUGCCUCUACCAGGACUCCGUCCCUAUUCCUUAAGAUGGCUAUUUAUUUUGCUCUUUAAAUCGUUUAUAUUUUGAGUCUCUCAUAUUAGAGAUGGCAUAUGAUAUCUAACCAGAGUGUGGUCCCAACACUCUGUGAGGCUGAGGCAGAAAAUCAUAGAUUCCAGUCCAAGCUGGGCAACUUGGUAAGUCUCUAUCUCAAAAUGAAAAUUUUUGUUAAUUUUAAAAGAUUGAGCAUGUGGCUCAGUGUGAAAGCCCUGAGUUCAACACCUAGUCCAAAAAAAAAAAGAGUAGCCUAAAGAAUAGCUAAGAUCAAAUCUUCUAGAUUCUGAUUUUCAUUUGAAUUGCUGAAAUAAUCAUCUUGAUGAUGAAGCAGUUACAAAGGACUGUGUUUAUGUUUAGCUUAUUGGUGUAUAUAAAUAUGUGCUCAUUGUUCAAAUGAACCAAUUCUUUCAUGAAGCUGAAAUAUUCAGCAAAAGGGAGAGAUAUGAUCUCAUCUUGAGCUUUAUUCUUCCAGAUUCCAGUGAGAGUGUAAUUUCAACUCAUCGACUUUUGGUUAAACAAAAAUCACCUUCGUAUCGUCCUUCCUUUUCUCGACAAAUUUUAUGACCAACAAUUUUUAUAUUUUUUGAAGUGUUUUAAAACUAGAGUUAUUCUGCUAGACAACUACCCACAACUCCAUUUUCACUGCCAAAUGAAAACACAGAUCACAAGUCAAAUUAGAUUAAGGUAACUUUUAUGUGUAUUCAGGACUGGCCACAUAACUUGCAGAGUUCAGUGAAACAUACAAACAGGGACCUCUCAUUCAAAGAUGCUUAAGAAAUGUGAGCUGGUCACAGAUUAAACUGAGUCAGGUGCCCAUGUCAGCGUGGGACACAGCAUGGGUGAUCACACAUGUUCCACGCAUCUGGUGCUGUGUGUCUGAACAAGGGCUUUGGGUCUGGUGCUGUCCCUGGAAACCAUGUCUGCGUGAGUACAGAUAAAGUCCCUGGUGGAACUAAAACACGUCAUCUCUGUGACUGCACUCUGGGGCCUAAAACAUUGCUUGUGGAGGGGAAUUCGAGGCACUGAAAGGAAGGAAAGUAGAGGUUUUGGACCUAGUCCCGUAGGACUGGAACUGUCUGGCAUUAGUGAAACUGGGGGGGAGAACGGAAGAGGAUGCCAGAGAUAAAAUAUAUCAACCAAAAAUAAUCUUGAUUUCUCAAAAAAUUAACUAUGAUAAACAUAUCUUUUUCAGAAAGUGAUUUUUUUAAAAAAUAAUGUUAGAUACAGGAAUUGUAUAACAUGAUUUGGAAGCUAUUGGUUGUGUAUUAAUAAUGAAUUAUUUUUUGCAAUAAACUCAAAAAUUUUUUUUAAAA